AUGGAUGACUUGAUCACGCUGAUUCGAACUGAAAUUCCGGAGGGACGGAAAAAUCUCCAGGAAAGCUUUUCUAAUCUCGAACGCGUAGCAGAAUAUUGUGAGGACACCUACUAUCGCUCUGACAACAAGAAGGCCUCACUGGAGGAGACGAAAAACUACACAACACAAUCGUUGGCAAGCGUGGCAUACCAAAUCAACACGCUGGCGUUUAAUUUUCUGCAGUUGAUGGAUCUGCAGGCGACGCAAAUGGCGGAAAUGGAGUCGCAAAUGAACCAUAUCUCGCAAACAGUGAUGAUUCACAAGGAGAAGGUGGCACGGCGUGAAAUCGGUGUACUGACCGCGAACAAAAUUAGUUCGCGACAGUACAAAAUCGUUGCACCGCUUAAUCCGGAAAAACCUAUUAAAUACGUGCGCAAACCGAUUGACUACACGGUGCUGGACGACGUAGGUCAUGGUAUCGCACUGACAAACAAUAACCAAAAAAAACAUCGUGUUUCGAGCCAGGGCUCGAUCCAGUCGACCAUUUCGCCAAACGUGUCUGUCGGACCACCUCCUACGACCAAACCACCGACACCGCCUCAGAUGACGCGCAGUGCAGGACAUUCCGGUACGCUUAGUAAGCCUGUCAGUAAUACCGGUACGCUUGGAAAGGCGUCUCGUGAGUACCGCACACCACCAGUCGUCGUACCACCACAAGUGCCCUCGCACUACGCACCAAACUAUCCGGUAGGACAUCCGCGUCGCACAUCUAGCGGAGGAGGGGUUGAACGUGGUCCUGGUUAUAGCGCCCUUCCUAUGCCGAUGCCGCCAAGUCAGGUAGUAAUGCACCAUCCGCCUCAGAUUGGCAUGGUACACCCAAUGCAGUCCGGCCCGGUCAUGCAGCAUCAAUCGACAUUCGAGGAGCGCAAUAGUAUGCCACCUCCACCUUCACCACUGACUGUAACACAUGAAUUGCCAGACCACAGUCAUAUAGGCAUGCACACUCUGAGCCGUAACAUGCCACGCCCAGGAUCACAAUCGCCUCCUCUGCCACCACCGCCACCGCCGGAGGAAUCGGAUCACGCUGACUUUGGUCGUCCACGCAAUACUCAAAACAGUUUGGUAGCACCGAUCGUUCCAGAUGAUCAGAACUUGCCCGGUUGGGUACCGAAGAACUACAUUGAGAAGGUAGUUGCGAUUUAUGACUAUUAUGCCGACAAGGAUGACGAGCUUAGUUUUCAGGAGAGCUCUGUUUUGUACGUGCUGAAGAAAAAUGAUGAUGGGUGGUGGGAGGGCGUUAUGGAUGGUGUGACCGGACUGUUUCCGGGCAACUAUGUGGAACCAUGCGUUUAA